GUUAGCAACUUGUGGCUAGCUCGCUACCAAGGAAGGUACUGGUGCUGCUUCGAGGUUCAUUCUCCAGACACCACCCCGAGUCAAAAGACUGUCUGCCCCCUCACAUUUCGGUCACUGAAGUCCAGAUGCAUGAGUCUGGGUCAGAACCAACAAGCCACACCAUUCCAGCGAGUCACACAGAGAACGGGAACAACUCUGAGAAUGAGAGUCGACUGAGGAGCAGCCAGACUCCUCCUCCAGAGGCACCCAGGGUUCCAGUGUCAAUGAUGACCCCACCCGUAGAGGCCCCACAACAAUUGCAGCCGACCUCACAGCAGCAGAUCCUCAGUCCACAGCAGCUCCAAGCCCUGCUCCAGCAGCAGAAAGCACUCAUGUUACACCAGCAACAAAUUCAAGAGGUUUUCAAGAACCAGCAAGAGCAGCUAAACAUUCAGCUGCUGCAGCAGAAGAAUGCUGGGAUUGUUAGCCAAGAGCUGACAGCUCAGCAGAUUUCAAUCCAGCAGCAGCUCCUUCAGGUGCAGCAGCAACACCUCUUCAACCUACAGAGGCAAGGACUGCUGUCUGUGCUUCCCACCAGCCCUGCAAACGCCCCAGGCUGUGAGAACGGCAGCAUCCUGUCUGUGGGUGUAGACACCAGAGAGUCUUCUGGUCAACUAUCGAGCACCAACGGUCAUCACAACCUCCUGAAGAGGAAAGAAAGUGGUUCAUAUGAUGAAAGCACGCAGAACAGCCAUCCUCUGUAUGGAAAUGGCAUGUGUAAAUGGCCCGGCUGUGAGACGGUCUUUGGAGACUUUCAGGCAUUUCUCAAACAUUUGAACAGUGAACACAUUCUGGACGACAAGAGUACAGCUCAGUGUCGUGUGCAGAUGCAAGUGGUUCAGCAGCUGGAGCUCCAGCUGAAAAAGGACAAAGAACGACUGCAAGCUAUGAUGGCUCAUCUUAAGUCCUCUGAACCCAAACCCGCAGCUCAGCCUGUGAAUCUGGUAUCUAAUGUAUCCUUCUCCCAGGCAACAUUGCCCAAAGGCCCUCCUCCUAUGAGCCUCUCUCAGAGUGCCACAGCACCGUCAACACCCCUGACGCCGCUCUCUGAAUCCCCUUCAGUCCUCACUCCCAACAGCAUGUUCACGGGAACACCCGUACGGAGGCGGUACAGCCGCUCUGUGAGCCAAGACAUUAUUGAUAACAAGGAGUUCUACUUGGGCACAGAAGUUAGACCUCCGUUUACUUACGCUUCUCUCAUAAGACAGGCAAUAUUUGAAUCACCUCGCAAUCAGCUGACGCUAAAUGAAAUCUACAACUGGUUCACAAGAAACUUUGCAUACUUCAGACGCAACGCAGCUACAUGGAAGAAUGCCGUCAGACACAACCUCAGCCUCCAUAAAUGCUUUGUACGUUUGGAGAAUGUUAAGGGGGCUGUGUGGACGGUAGACGAGAUCGAGUUCCACAGAAGAAGACCCCAGAAGACGGCUGGUAACGGAUCUCUUCUGAAGAACUCACAGAACCGCCAGAGCUUAGCCGGGUCUGCCCAUCAGAGUGGUGGUCUAGACGGCAACAACUCUCUGUACAGCCCGGCCUCCAUGGGCUGCAUCUCGCUGCACUCCCUGCCUCAUGUUCUCCAAGAGCAGAUGAACGGCGCCCUCGCUAAUGGAUCAGGAUACCAAAGUGAUAGCAGCGCAACACAGUCCCCUCCGCAAGCUUUCAUUAAAGAGGAGCAGGAGGACGAGGAGAUAUGUGAGAAUUACCCGUACGAGUCUCCAGAGAGCAUGGACGAGCACGGCCACAGUCCGGACAUGAGCCGAGAUGAAGAAGACGGCAGCCCGCAGAGGCCCAGCCUUCAUUUCGACCGCGUGCCUUCUCUCUGACCGUGAGGUCUGAGCUCUCCACUGACAGGCCGCUUCACUCACAUUCUGUGUGACUUUAUAUUCCCAAAAAACAAACAAAAAAAAAAAACUGCUUCAUCUACGUAACCAAACACUCUUCCUAGGGAAUUUUUUUCACUGUAUUUAUCUGAAUUUCUUUUUUUUUUUUGUUUUGUUCUUAAUCUAGCUCUAAAUUCUGUCUGUACAGUAGAGUGAAAUCACAGAAACACAUUGAUGAAACUGUCUGUUAAUUUUUUUAUAUAUAUAUAUAUAUAUAUCUGUACACAAAAGGACCAUGAUGAGCAGAGAAGCCAAAGGAAAGGGAACACGGAUAGUUAGCACUUCACAAUGAGACAGUUUCCUCCAUUCAAAAAGCUCCUUUUUGCUAUGUUGGGGCCACAUGAGUUGAUUUUAUUAUAGUUGUCAAAUUAUUUUAAAAACAAAUUUAGUGGGGAAAAAAAAGGAUAUUGCUUUAAAAAAUGAAAUUUUCACUGCCAACAUGAUCUGAUAUAUUUGUAUUGAAGGUAUAACCAUUUGAUCGAAAGAAUACGUCGUUUCUAUAAAGCUGUCGGUCUUUUUCACCCUUACAUGAACAUCGCUGAAUCUGCUCUUAAACGAGCUCGUAAGAGUAGAUAAUACAGAUUUACCAUUAUUGUAAACCAAUGCAUCUCUAUGACAAAUAAAUUCCUCAUGAUAAAUGUG